UUAGACAUUUUACCGUGUAUGUAGGUGGAAACGUAUGUAUACACUGUAAUAAUAAAUCGUUUCUCGUGUAAAAUUCUUCGCUAAGACCGACAAACACGAAUUUACCGCGAACGUUUCGGGUCAUCGGGAAGCCUCAAUUUGUCGCUGAUCGUUAAAAAUAAUCGAGAGACUCCGUGAUCGUCGCGUACGAACGUCACGUUACCGUUUUUCAGUGUAUUUUAUCCGUCCAGUGUUGUUUGUUUUCGCCUAUUUUCCAAAGAAUGUAAAAUUUUCUAAUCGUCGACGCGAGCAAUCAAAAAAAUUUUCGUUCGCAUUGGCGAUUAUCUUGUAAAGGAUAUAUUCGCGUCAGACGCAGUAUUAUACGCCGGUUCUUGUCACCUGUUUCGUACUUAUGCGAUGAGAAACAACCAAAAUGAAGGCAGAGGUGAUCGAAAUUGAAACACCAACGGAUCGCGAUUCGUCAUUUAUCAGGGAGAAGAUGCACAGCGAAGACUACGGUGUCGAAGCAGAGUUAACGAGUCUUACGUGGUUGCAAUCGCUCGAUAUUACGAGUGCUUCUAAUUUACCAACGCCACCCUGUUCUCCAUCUCCGCCGCCCGUUACCAGACAAGCGAGGAAAAAGUUAUCGCCUUUAAUUAAGGCCGAAUUAGAUCUAGCUGAAAAUGCUGAGAAGUAUCGGAUCGAUCCCGAUGCAAAACCGCCAUUUUCGUAUGCUACAAUCAUAUGUUUGGCGAUGCGUGCAAACAACAAUAAAGUAUCCCUCUCAAACAUAUACGCAUGGAUUCGAGAAAACUUUCUAUUUUACAAAUAUGCUGACCCAGCAUGGCAGAAUUCGAUUCGACAUAAUCUAUCGUUGAAUAAGUGUUUCGUGAAGCUGCCACGGUCGAAGGACGAGCCCGGAAAGGGUGGUUUCUGGAAGUUAGAUUUAGAAAGAAUGGAAGAAGGUAGAAAAUCGAAACGACGUGCAACGAUAUCUCAACGAAUCCGUGGAUCAAAGAAACAAACGGCCAUGACAACGAUGGUAUUAAAUAAUGCACAAGAGAAUUGCGCGCCAUCAAUCAGCUGUCUAUCGACGCUGUACGAGACUCCGCCUAGCAGCGUAUCUCCUCCGAUCCCAGACUGUCUCUCAGAAAUCCCCGACUCUACGCAAGUUAGUUUAAGCGAAGACGAUCUUACCGGUUUGCUAAUAGCCACCGCAGGCUGGGACGAGAAUCAGUUGGAUCUUUUAGAUUCCCUUCUGGACACCCUUUAAA